AUGCCUACUACGGAAUUAUUGAAACAUGGCAAUACACUCUUCGUUACAAGUAUUCCAUUUAGCGUCACAAACACUGAUCUGGAAACCUUUUUUAGUGAUAUUGGCCCCCUUCGCCGUGCUUUUGUUGUUACCGACAAAGAAACCCAUACAUCAAAAGGUGUCGGUUAUGUGACCUAUACAGAUUCGAAUGAUGCUGAAAAAGCGCUAGAGAAAUUACAAGGCACAAGUAUUGAUGGGAGUCAGAGGAAGAUCCAACUUCAAUGGGCCGAUCGGAAAAAUGCUUCCAGCAAGACCGGAAAUGACUCUGUCACCAACGAUGGACAGACUCGCAAACGUCCACGCUCGUCCACACUUCCUGACCGAGACCCGGAUGCUGUUCGAACCAUUGUCAUCUCUGGAUUAGCAAGUUGCUCUCCCAAGGCAGAUGAAAAGACGCUCUACAAGCGCGUGCGCAAGCUAGGCGAUGUUGAACAGGUGCUUUUCGCUGACAAGAGUGAGUCUCCAUGUGAUGUGGCUUAUGUUCGUUUCCGAACACCAAAUCAUGCGAUGAUGGCUAUUCCUAAACUUCAUGCACAUCAAUUUAAAGGUGCUCAACUGAGUGUAGAACUCAAGAAAAAGAUCGAUGCUGCCAUGCGCCGUGAUUUACACAUGAGAGAGGACACACGCAAGAGGCAAAAAAUCGUACAAGAAAAGAUCGAGAAACUUUCAGGGAGUACCUGGUCUUCCAAAGCAGGUAAAUUGAGUCGAGAAAGCAGACUUAUUGUCCGCAACUUGCCGUUUGACAUGACUGUGGAUGACCUUCGAGCCGUCUUUUUACCAUAUGGCGCCCUGUACGAUGUCUCCAUCCCUUUACAAGAGCCGAAGAAUGAAGAUCAAUUCCCGAAGAGUCGUGGAUUUGCUUUCGUUUGGUUUGUAUCUAAAUCGGAUGCGACCAAUGCUAUGACGGCCAUCAAUGGCGUAUCAUUGCGACACGGUGCAGCUGAGCAAAGUGCUUUGAGGAGGGCCAAAGGAAAAAAAGGACGAGAAUUGGCCAAGGAGGCUUUUGAAAGGGUGCAAGAACAUGCACAGCCAGCUCGUCCUGUCGCUGUUGAUUGGUCUGUGUCACAGAAAGACUGGCUAGCGCAAGAGCAAGAACAGAGUUCCGACAAUGACGUCGAUGAAAACGAUCUAGAUGUUUAUUCUAAUGAUCGAACUGUUUCUGCCUCUAGUGAACAGGACGGCGAAACGGAAGAAUCUAACCAGGAAUCAGAUGAUGAUGCUGAUGAUGAUGAUGAUGAUAAUAUCAGUGUUGAUACUCCUGCCGAACCACCUAAAUUGGCUACUCCCGAAGCUGGCACCACUCUCUUCAUUCGCAAUUUACCCUAUCAAGCAACAGAAGCGGAACUUAAAGAACUAUUCCGCUCUUUUGGACCGCUUCGUUAUGCACGCAUCACAAUGGACUUAUCCACAAACAGAAGCCGCGGUACGGGCUUUGUUUGCUUCUGGAAUCGCGACUCAGCAGAUGCAGUUCUCCGUGAAGCGGCUAUUGUUGCUAACGAAACCGCAGCAACAGAGCUAGAAUCUAGCUUACCAAAGACCAACCCUUUCACUGUGCCAUCUGUUAUCACAGCUGACCCUUCGGCACCACUUGUGUCAAAAUUUUCUCUUCAUGGUCGUGUUUUGAAUGUCGUUCGAGCAGUGACUCGCGAUACUGCGUCACACCUGGAAGAUUCCGCUCGACGGGCAAGGGAAAAGGGGGACAGGCGCAACACGUGGCUCUUGCGUGAAGGCGUACCUUUUCCGACUUCCCCUCUGGUUCACAAUUUGUCUGAAAUUGAGAUCGAAAAACGAAUGAAAUCGUUUUCCAUCCGUCGUGCCCAGUUAAGUGCCAAUCCAUCGCUACAUGUGUCAAAGACGCGACUUGCCGUGCAUCAACUUCCUUUGUUUGUUUCGGAUAAGGUUCUUAAGCGUCUUGCGCUACAUGCGGUGCGUGCUUUCCAAGAAGAAGUCAAAAGUGGUAAUCGGAGCGACCUUAGCGUCGACGAGAAAGAAGACACUUCCAACAGCUCAAGUGCUAAGCAAAAUGCAACUGGCAAGAAGCGCCCUCCACCUUCGAUUGUGGUUCAGUCCAAAGUUGUUCGACAAAAUGAGCGAAUCGAUCCGUUGACUGGCCGAGGUCGCUCGCGCGGAUACGGAUUCUUAGAGAUGCGCUCGUUCCAACAUGCACUGAAAGUACUAAGAUGGGCAAAUGGAAACAAGAAGGUCUCCGAGCUACUUAUUCAAUGGUGGCGCGAAGAUCUCAAGUCUGAGAAAGAUAAGCUAGAUGCUGAGGGAUCGUCUGAAGCUAAACUUCGGUCUAAGCGAAUUUCUUCGGCGUUGGAUACUCUCGAGUCUAGUUCCAAAUCAGAGGCUCGAGGCGUUUUGCGUAUUGAAUUUUCGAUUGAAAAUAUUACGACUGUGAGAAAGCGUGUUCUUCGCCAAGAGCAAGCGCGUGAUAAGGCGUCGAAGCGUCGUAAAGUUCGUAUGAUUAACUUACACCAGAUAUCCGAAGAAUACCGUGACGACGCAGCUUCGUCUAAACUAGCCGAACAGAAACAACAAGCAGUCCGAGCUAAUACAUCAAAGACAGUCUCAAAGGAGAAGCCAAAGUUCUCUAUGGGCUCUCUUAUCGGGAAAAAGCGUGCUAUUCGCAAGCGCAAACAAGCAAACUAA